AUGUUGACUCGUUUGCGGCGUCUCUUCUGUCAUCAGGGGAAUUCGGAUGGCGCAAAGCGACCACCAAAGGAGACCCAUCUGACGCUAGCUGCUGUUGACUCGGAGGUUGGACUUGCAGAAAAUGACUCCAUCAGUGACAUAACUCCCACCUCCACCAGCGUCAAGGUAGGUGGGACGGCAGGAAUCGGUGGCGAGGUGCUGCCAGCGCAGCGUGAUAAUGGAGGCGGUGAGGGUGAUGGCAGCGUGGAGGACUUAAAGUUGCGACUUUCCACCCCCUCCCCAAUGCCCCUUGCGCCAGUUCGAACGCGUCGCCGGUUUGAAUACCCUAAAACAGCAUCGGCAGCCAAUAAAAUCGCUCCUGUGUGUCUGCCUACCUCGGCGCCCGAGGAAGCAUCUCCAAAGUCCGCAUCCGCGAGAAAACCCCCGACAUCUUCAAGGUCAAAUGAGUUGGAUUUAUCAUCAGUAUAUUUACCAGGGAAAAAGUACGUCCACUACAGGAACAAGUUAGAGGCCUGGCUGAGGGGACAGCUCAAAAAUGAAGGUCCCAGACCAUGUGGACAGACCUACCAGGCUGGCAUGCUUCCUUCCGUCUACGAUGCACAGGUAGCCUACCAUCUCCUCUCCACAGAACUGACGACAAAGCAGUUGUUUGGGCUCUCAGUGACCUCGCACAUGAUUCGACAGGCGGGCAUGAACCCUCCUCAAGUCUGUAAUGCUGCCUAUACCGCACGCGCUGACGUCUGGAAUUUCUUCAAGUCUAUUCCACGUUCCUUCCUGAAGGAACUGCGAGAAGGUUUGAAACUGGAGACAAAGGGUGACGCGCCAGAACCGGUUAAGUUGGCCGCCGUCUACGUCUGGUCCACGCGCCUAGUCUUUCGCAUUCCUCCACAAGCCCUUGACUCGCAAUUCCAUCAGGCCUCCGCGAAACCGUCUUUGAAGAACCGGUACCCUGAGUACCAAUCGAGUUACAUGGAUCCUGUAGAUGGGCUCCUUCAACGAUGGAACUGCAAGUCACCCUGGACUAGACGAAAGUCGUCCACAUUUCGGAACAGGGAGGACGGUGAGACUCUGUUGAAAAGUCGUGUUCUGAAUGGGGAGACGCCCGACAGGAAUGACGAGAAUGCUGGCUUUUUGAGUCGAGUCAUGCACCUGCAGAGAAUGGAAAUGCUCAGCAAGUUGCAGGAUACGGAGGUUUCCGACUCUCAUGACAGUGAUGUGUUACUGUUUUCAAAAAUUUUGAACACUAAGGAGGUGAAGUUCGACAUGAGUGUUGAUGCUGAUAAUGCGAAAAAGAAGCCUUAG